AUUUUCAGUAGUCAACUGACUGAGAUAGAAGUUGGAUACCUUGAAGUUUAUUGCUCGGUGGAAACGUUGUUUAUUCUGGAUAAAACAAGGCGUUUUGAUUAGGACAGCUGUCAUUUUGAAGUUCGUUUCAAUUGACACACAGAUGUCAAUGAAUGACAGUCUAUUUCUCAUUUGAGCGUGAGUGUACGACUGACCGACUUUUCAGAACCCGCUGAGAUGGCAGUCUGAUCAUAGUCUAACUAAGCCCGAGAGCGGCUGUAGACAGAGCGAGGGAGUGACGGACAGAUCAAGUCUCCAAAACAGAAGAUGGGUGAAAAGGAGGAUGAGAGGAGUGCCCAGGCAGGGCAACUCUUUGAGAACUUUGUCCAGGCGUCCACAUGUAAGGGCACUCUGCAGGCCUUUAGUAUCCUAUGCAGGCAGAUGGAUCUGGACCCGCUAGACUACAGGAACUUCUACAGCAACCUCAAAGCCACGGUCACCAAUUGGAAGGCCAAGGCCCUCUGGACCAAACUGGACAAGAGAGCCGGCCACAAGGAGUACAAGAAAGCCAAAGCCUGUGAGGGCACCAGGUCUUUGAUCAUUGGAGGAGGGCCCUGUGGCCUGCGCACAGCCAUCGAGCUGGCUCUGCUGGGGGCCAAGGUGGUGGUGAUUGAGAAGAGGGACACCUUCUCCAGAAACAACGUGCUCCACCUGUGGCCCUACACCAUCCAUGACCUCAGGGGCCUCGGGGCCAAAAAGUUCUAUGGCAAAUUUUGUGCCGGAGCCAUAGACCACAUCAGUAUUCGCCAGCUCCAGCUCAUGCUGCUGAAGGUCUCCCUCAUCGUGGGAGUGGAGGUCCAUGUUAAUGUGGAGUUUGUUAAACUGCUGGAACCACUGGACAACCAGGAGAAUGAAGGGCUUGGAUGGAGAGCUGAGAUUAGACCAUCAAACCACCCCCUCACUGACUAUGAAUUUGACGUGGUGAUCGGUGCAGAUGGACGCAGAAACACGCUAGAUGGUUUCAAGAGAAAGGAGUUCCGGGGUAAGCUGGCCAUCGCCAUCACAGCCAACUUUGUCAACAGGAACACCACGGCCGAGGCCAAGGUAGAGGAGAUCAGCGGAGUGGCCUUCAUCUUCAACCAGAAGUUCUUCCUGGAGCUCAAAGAGGAGACAGGGAUUGAUCUGGAGAACAUUGUGUACUACAGAGACAACACACACUACUUUGUGAUGACUGCAAAGAAGCAGAGUCUGCUGGACAAGGGGGUCAUCAUUCAUGAUUACAUUGAAACAGAGAAGCUGCUGGGCCAAGACAACGUGAACCAGGAGGCUCUUCUCUCCUACGCCCGUGAGGCGGCCGACUUUGGCACCAACUACCAGCUGCCCUCUCUGGACUACGCCAUCAACCACUGCAACCAGCCCGAUGUGGCCAUGUUCGACUUCACCUGCAUGUGCGCCUCAGAGAAUGCGGCGCUGUUCAGGGAGAAGUGCGGACAUCAGCUACUGGUGGCUCUGGUGGGGGACAGUCUAUUGGAGCCCUUCUGGCCCACGGGGACAGGCUGUGCUAGAGGGUUCCUAGCUGCCUUUGACACGGUGUGGAUGGUGAGGGGCUGGGCGCAGGGCAAGACUCAUCUGGAGAUCCUGGCAGAAAGGGAGGGCCUCUACAGGCUAUUACCCCAAACAACGACAGAGAACAUCUCAAAGAACUUUGAUCAGUACACCAUAGACCCGGUAACACGGUACCCUAACCUCAACUCCAGCUGUGUCAAGCCACAUCAGGUGCGUCACCUGUUCAUAGACGGGCAGCAGGACUCCUGUCCUCUGGAGCGGGGUGGAUCCACACGUAGUUCUGUCAAUCUCUCCAGACGAGAGUCGGACAUCCGGCCCAGCCGCCUCCUCACCUGGUGUCAGAAGCAGACACAGGGGUACAGGGGUGUGGACGUCACCAAUCUCACCUCUUCCUGGAAGAGUGGCCUAGCACUCUGUGCUCUUAUACACCGCCUCCGGCCAGACCUCAUUGACUUUGACUCCCUGAAUGAGAAGGACUCGGCCAAGAACAACCAGCUGGCCUUUGACAUAGCAGAGCAUGAGUUUGGUAUCCAGCCUGUGACCACGGGGAACGAGAUGGCUCUGGACCAGGACCCAGACAAGCUUAUGAUGGUGCUGUACAUCUCCAAGCUUUACGAGAUGUUCCGCAACUCGCCUGCAUCCAUCACUGGUACAAGGGAAACGGAUGAGAACAAUGAAGCGACUUCAUCGGAGUCUGCACACUCUGUUUACAACUUAAUGAACCGAACACAGCCCAAAAAAAGGAUCCCAAAGGAUAACGGGAAGUUGCAGGCGAACGACCCGAUGAACAAAAGACGAAGAAAGGGCAGCACCUAUUUAGAGGAGUUGUCCUGUCAGAGUGCUCCCCCUGCAGGUGACGGUGGGGAGCAGAAUAAAGUGCGCUCAAUGGCCACACAGCUACUGGCCAAGUUUGAGGAGAAUGCAUCGCCCGGCAGUUCCCUGCGCAAUAAGUCUGAUUUGAACUCCGACUCUGAUUCAAGCCGUCCUUCAUCUCCUUCUCUGGAUAUGAUGGAGAACCCACGCUUCGCUAAGCCCAAGAAACAGCCCCCUCCCUCGCCUCCACCCCCACGCCCCAAGUGGCAGCCGUCCAUCUAUAUGCGACUCUUAGAAGAGCCUGCAGCCGUGGCGCAACCGACUCCCCUUCACGUUCCAACAAGGGCCUGGAGUCCUCCUCCACGUGAUGAUCAAACACAGGCCUCUCCGCGCGCAGACUUGGUGCAGCAGAGAGUGUGGAUUCCACACACCGAAACCCCAGAUGACGUAGAUUACCCAGAACAACCUUCUCCUGGCCCCACAGGGAAGAGUGUAGAGAAGCUGGAGCGAAAGAUGAGCCAGAAAAAAGUGCAAACCGUAACUAUCGGGGAAUUUAACAGGAAGAGCAUAAAGGAGAGAGCUGUGCUUCUGCGUUCUAUGUUUCCUGAGUCCGAGACUCCUCUAGUGAAAGAGUAUAAGACGGAUCGAUCGGCCUUUGUUCCUAAAAUCACUUCAAUACACCCUGUCCCUGAACCGUCUGCUCUGUCUUGCGUCUCUUCUCUUACCCCAACAUCUCCUGUGCAUCAUUACAAGUGCGAUGGAAGUGCUGCAUCAAGUAGACUCAUUCAAACGUCAAUCGAAUGUCCUGUGAGUUAUCAAGCUGAACCCUUCAAGCCUGACAUGUCUGCCGAACAGUGCAAUGGGAGUGCUGGAUCAAGUAUUCAAAAGCCAAUCAUUCGAUUUGAGAGUUACGAAGCUGGCCCUUUAAAGUCCACCGAACAGUGCAAUGGGAGUGCUGCACCAAGCGUAAUGAUUAAAAAAACAAUUGAUCAAUCUGAACGCUGUCCUGCUGAGCCCUCUAUGCCUGCCAAACAGAGGACAGUUGGGAGGGUCUCUUCUCACAUAGGCGCUAGGGCAGAAACUCUAGCCAUCCUUUAUGAAACUGACCACAGGCCUAAUGCCUUGCCGUGUAUCGUGCGGAAGGAGUUCCCUCAGAACCUGGGAGGCAGUGACAUGUGUCACUUCUGCUCCAAGCGUGUGUACGUGAUGGAGCGACUCAGCGCUGAGGGCCACUUCUUCCACAGGGAGUGUUUCCGCUGUGACGUCUGCAGCUCCACACUACGCCUGGGAGGACACGCCUACGACUCCCAACACGGCAAGUUUUACUGCAAGCCUCAUUAUUCUCAGCGUCGGUCCAGCCUACAAAGUUCAAGCAAGUUCCUGAGGAGAACGGAGGACCAGGGACGUCUGACAUCUUCGCCGGACCGGAGUGACCCCUACUCGGCCACAGACAGCCUGCAGAGCCAGCCCUCAGGGCAUCGCUACAGAUACACGGGCCUGUUGAAUGGACUGUACACCCGCAUGGUGCCUGAAGUGGCAGAGGAGGAGGCCGUGGACCUUGACAUGCCUGACUCCAACAGGACUGCCGACGCGGAGAAACAGGACAACUCGAAUACUUCUCUCCGACCACAAGAUUCUGCACAAGAGAAGAAAGAACCUUCCGGUUCCAAUUCAUCUCUCCUGUCUGGGAACAGCCGUUGGAAGAGGAAGAUCCGUGCUACUCUCCCUCUCAUCCUGGUCAGGCACUUCUCACAUGAAAACGCUACAGAAAAAGAGGAGCCCAUCAUUGAAGAGGCCAACUUUGAUUUCAACGUGAUUGAACCACCACAGGUCUCCCAUGAUGGUCCUAAACUACCUCCAGAUUCUCCGAAUCAGAAUCCAUCGAUGGGUAAAGAAGCGCCUCCUGUCACCAAAGUGCCACAGCUGGAGGAAGCAGUCGGCCCAAAGAAGAGGCUGACCCUGUCCCUGUCUGAGAAACAGAAGCUCCUAGACUGGAACCUGGUUACUCCAGAAGAGGCCCAAAGCCCUGGAGGAGGAGACCCAUCCAAACACUCCAAACCUGGGGACCAGAUCCUCCCAUUGCCUCAGGUAGAGGCAGAGCCAGUCCCAGCUCAGGCCCAGCCGGCACCGUCCAUGUUCCAGAUUUGGGCAAAUGCCUUCAGAAGGUCUUUUGGAGUACCAGGGACAUCCACAGACUCCAACACAGUGGUCACCAGGAGGAACAACAACGGGCCCACCAAGCCCAGGCCUCUGUCUGACGGCGCCUUCAGCUUUAGCUCCCUGUUUGGGGCUACUGCCCAAAGCCAGGAGGCCGAACCAGUGGGAGUGGGUCAGAAGAGCCAGCCGACCCCACACCCAUGCAAGGCCUCCAUGGGUGAUAGACCCGCAGACCUUCCCAUGCUACUGGACCAGGUGUCCCUAGGCAGCAACAAGUCUGUGGGAUCCUUCACCACAGACGACAUGGCCUCACUGCCGCCCAGGAAGCUCAACUUUUUCUCCUACCUUAGGCUGAAGAAGAGAGAGGGGCCGGAGAGCGUGGGAGCGGGGGUUCUGGAGAAGGACAUCAGGACCAUCCUGUCCAACAUCAGGAACAAAGCCUCCAGCGAACAGCAGAAGGAUGAGUCCAACUCCUCAAGUGACGAUGAGCUUGUCAUAGCCAAACCUUUGUCCCAGCCGAAGACCCAUGGGAGCUCAGAGAGACAGAGGAGGAGGCAGGAGGAGACUGUGAUUCAACAGGACAAGAGAGAGCAGCUGAAGAGACUCCACAGAGCCCAGGUCAUACAGAGGCAGCUGGAGGAAGUAGGGGAGAAGCAGAAGGACCUGGAGGAGAGAGGGGUGACCAUUGAGAAGGUCCUUCGAGCCGAAUCCCCAGACAAAGGUGAUGGUCUCUCUGAUGAGCACGAGCUCCUUCAAAUGUGGUUCAAGCUGGUCCUGGAGAAGAACAGACUGGCACGCUAUGAGGAGGAGCUGGUCAUAUUUGCUCAGGAACUCGAGCUGGAGGACAGACAGAGUCAACUACAGAGGGAUCUACGAUGCAGGAUGUCCAUAGACGAUUCCAGGAAGAGCCCCAGUGAGCUGGCGGAGGAACAGGAGAUGCUGACGGAGAUCAUGAAGGUGGUGGAGAGGAGAGACACUCUGGUCAGCCUGCUGGAGGAGCAGCGGCUGCAGGAGAGGGCUGAGGACAGAGACCCGGAGAGCCUGGUACUGUCUAGAGGCUACCAGUUCCACUGGACCUGAAGAGAAUAAGCCCUCUGGGGCAGGGAAAAGGCUACAGCACCAUGCAGCUCCACAGGCAGAAGAGACAAGUGACUUCACUACUAGUGACUACCCUACUGGAUUUGGCCGCACGUGGCAUGAUGACCCUUUUGAAUAUGUAUAUCAAUUUGACUUGUCAAUUCCUACUUGAGGACCACACCUCUUAUGGACCUGAGGGUUGUACAUCAAGUGUUUGUUUAGGCUAGUCUCCCGAGACAGCCUUCAGAAAUUACUGUAUGCCUUACCAAGAAAACCUUAAUGUUAUGCAGCCUUAUAAAUAUAAUAAUAUUGAACACUUUUUCAGUUGCACUGGAAAGCACUUAUAAACACUACAGAAACCCAUAGAUUCAGCCUAUCAAAUGUUUUCCCUCUCAAAGAAAAAUAUUGCUUAUGUACAGUACCAGUCAAAAGUUUGGACACCUACUCAUUCCAGGGUUUUUCUUUAUUUUUACUCUUUUCUACAUAAUAGUGAA